AUGGAGCCGACCAAUAAUGAUUCCGAUAACAACGAUGCAGUGGAUGAAAUUAAAGAAUACUAUGAUUGUAGAUAUAUUUCUGCAUGUGAAGCAUCAUGGCGGAUUUUUAAAUACGAUGUUCAUUAUAGGCAUCCUGCUGUGAUUAGACUACCUUUUCAUCUUCCUGAUCAACAACAAGUUGUAUAUGAGGCAGACGAUGACAUUGAAGAUGUUCUUGAUCGCCCUUCAAUUGCUUCUUCAAUGUUCACAUCUUGGAUGAAGUGUAAUGCAAUCAAUAAAGAAGCACGGAAACUUACAUAUGUUGAAUUUCCUACAAAAUUUGUUUGGAAACGUAAAGAUCUGAUUUGGAAGCCAAGGGAAAUUGGAUAUGCGAUUGGUAGAAUUCACUCGGUUUCUCCUAAACUUGGAGAAGCAUAUUUCUUAAGAAUUCUUUUAAAUAAAGUGAAAGGUCCUAAAUCAUUCGAAGAAAUUCGCACAGUCAAUGGUGAACUAUGUUCUUCUUUUAAAGAUGCGUGUUAUAAUCUUGGCCUUUUAGAUGAUGACAAAGAAUUUAUCGAUGCAAUUAAGGAAGCAAGUCUUUCUGGAUCUGGUUUUUAUCUGCGGUUCUUAUUUGCUACGAUGCUAUUGUCCAACAGUUUGUGUAAACCAGAGAUUGUUUGGCAAAACACCUGGGAAUACCUGUCAGAUGGAAUUCUUUACAAUCAACAACAGAGAUUAAAGUCUCUUGGUUUAUUACUAAACGCAGAUCAACUUAAAAACUUGACUUUGUUUGAGAUAGAACAAAUUUUACUCCGUAACAAUUCCACCCUUAAAAAUUAUGGAAAGAUGCCUUACCCAGAUGCUGAUUCUGUUUCAUCUUCAAACAAUCGUCUUAUUACCGAGGAGCUAGAUUAUGACAUACCAAAUUUAAAGAACGAGUUCGAUCAGCUGUUUGUUGCAUUAACAAAUGAGCAACGACACAUUUUUGUCGAUAUCAUGGACGCAGUUAAACAUAAUAAGGGAGGUGUAUUCUUUGUUUAUGGUUAUGGUGGAACAGGUAAGACAUUUCUUUGGAAGACAAUUUCUGCAGUAAUUAGAGCUCAAGCCCAAAACUCGCCACAAGACUUUGUUGAUGCUCAUAAUCAGGCUCGAGCUCAGGUUGGUGUGGGGCCCAUGACUUGGGAUAGUAAUGUGGCUGGUUUCGCAGAAAAUUAUGCCAAUCAAAGACGUGGUGACUGUCAGUUGGUGCACUCCCAAAACAGUCCUUACGGUGAGAAUCUUGCUAUGACUUCACUGGUGUAG